UACCAGCGCAGUGCCUGACAGAUGGAGGCGGAGACCUGGAGGACUGAGAGCAGCUGGCAGCCAAUGAACUCUCGGGGAAUCAAAACCGCAAAGACUUUUAAUUGGAUUACUUUAAACGAUCAAUAAAAGUAGAUUAUGCAGCUGACGAUUAAAAAAAUAAUUGAAACAAAACGAAAGUCACGGAUAAAAGGUGUUUGUUUCUAUGUUUAAGCCAAAAAUCCAACGAGUCAACAGAAACACGUGAAACGAUUUAAGAGUAAAGUAAAAAAAAGAAACAAAUUGCAGAAUAAAUAUCGUCGAAAGCAGAUGUCUUUGUGUGUGUGUAAGCCAGGGGACAAGUGUGUAUCAGGCAUUUCAGAUAUUCUAAAGGCCAGGGUCCAUGUCGGAUCGUAACAUGACUCAAGACCAUUAAUAAUAGAUUGCAUGCAUAAUGUAUCCCUGUUGCACUGGAGGAGAACUCGUUCAAAAGAUCCAAAUUACUUUCAAGGACAUUUGCUGGAUCACUCACAGGUCUGACACUGGUUUUAGAUUCUUCCUCCAUGGACGCGAGUGUUUGGAAAUGGUGGGAUGAGUCGCAAGAAAACUAUUAAGACGCAGAGAAAAGGUAAAGCAUCGAGGUCAAGAGCAAGGAUUUUCUGCAGAAGGAAAAUAAUCUGCUCUAAAACACACUGAGAGCUUCUCACCGAGUCCCAUUUUAUAUUGCAGAUAAAUUAGGGCCAUCUACAGAUUGGAGUCUUUUUGGACCAACAGUGACCCCUAGUGUUGUGAGGGAAAACUGCAUUUUAUUAGACAUUCAAAAUUAAUUGCAAUUGACAAGUUAUGGAUUUCAAUUAUGAAACCACAAUAAAUUUGCCUUUUAAGUGGACAUUUAAUGCAAACUAAAGGAUAUUUCGGAUUUUUGAGAAGUUGAGAGCUACUGGGCAAUUGGUUUCUUCUAUCAGUUGUUGAUUGUUUUUUGAACAAUAUGAGAAAAGGAGGUUUGACUAACAUUUCUCAUCUGCUAUAGAUUAAGUGGGACUAGAUGUGUCUAAUCUUAAAAUGGCUUCAAAUAUUUCAUAGCUACUCUUGCAAAAGUGGUUUUACUAACUUUUGAGCAAACAUAAACAUAAACGGGGUUGUUCACGUAGAAUUAUUUCACAGUAGAAAAACAUGCUGUGAAUCUUGUUCAAACAUAUCUGCAUCUGGCUGGAAUUUUAUAAAAUUUGCAUGAAUUGUUGUGCCAUUUUAAGAAAAUAAUUGUUUAAUUGAAAGCUGUGAUCUUCAUCCGACCAAUGGCAUGAGCAAGGAGGCGGGCCGUAAACGGUUUAGUUUUUUGUGUGUUUUGUGUUUUCUGACCAGCCGAAAUGGCGGCCUGGAGCGUCGAGUAACUUUAUCGCACAAUAAUAAACAGAACAAUAUAUGGAGGUUUAAACAACAUAACAUGGGGACAGACUUCACGGUUAUGUUUCCAAGGCUCUAGUCGGGACACAUUGUUUUAGCCACUAAAGGUUAAAAGACUGAUUAUGGAGGAUCCUCAUACACGGUACAGCAAACGUUUGCGCACAGGCACGCGUCGCCGCCAUCAGGAUGAAGGGAUCUCAGAUGAUGAAAUUGAAGGCAAACGGAUGUUUGACCUGGAUGAGAAGCUGCAGUGUGAGAGGUUUGGCUCUGAGCUGGUCAAACUUAUGGAGGGUAAAGAUUUCACGUAUGAAUACAUACAGAGGGACGGGCUCCGGGAACCCAUCAUUUUUAGGAAGGCUGAUGGUCUUGGUCUACAGAUGCCUGAUUCUGACUUCAGUGUGAGUGAUGUGAAGUUGUUUGUUUGAAGUCGACGAAUCGUAGACGUGAUGGAUGUAAACACCCAGAAGGGAAUUGAGAUGUCAAUGGCUCAGUGGGGACGCUACUAUGAGACACCACCGUUUGAGAGCGAGAAACUCUACAACGUCAUCAGCCUGGAGUUCAGCCACACGAAACUAGAGAAUCUGGUCAAGCGACCGGCAUCGGGGGACCUUGUAGAUUGGGUGGACAACAUGUGGCCUCGCAAUCUCAAGGAGCGACAGAGAGACUCCACCAAUGUCAUCAUAGACAUGCAUUAUCCCAAAGCCCAGAAGUACUGCCUCAUGAGUGUGCAGGGAUGCUUUAUGGACUUUCACAUUGACUUUGGUGGAACUUCAGUCUGGUACCACAUCCUGCAAGGGGCAAAGGUGUUCUGGCUGAUUCCACCCACACCUCAAAAUCUGGACAUGUAUGAAAACUGGGUUUUAACAGGAAAGCAAGGAGACAUCUUCCUGGGGGACAAGUGUUACGACUGUCAGAGGAUAGAGCUCAAUCAGGGCAACACCUUCAUCAUCCCAUCAGGUUGGAUUCAUGCAGUCUACACCCCACAGGACACUCUGGUGUUUGGAGGAAAUUUCCUUCACAGCUUUAACAUCCCCAUGCAGCUCUGAAUCUACAACAUAGAAGACCGUACUCGGGUGCCAGCAAAGUUCCGCUACCCAUUCU